AUGAGUUUCGAGAGUCUAUUCGGCACAAUUCGGGAACAGAGAGAGGCUUACGUCGAUCGGAAUGGGUAUCGCAUGAUGCUGGGCAACGCAGCCUUCGGACGCAUGUACAAGCGGCUGACAGGUCUUGACCACCGUGUAAGACGUGAUGACCGAAGUACAGCGAAGAAUUUCGCUUCGAUCUCGCGCUUGCUUCUCACCGGGUUUCGGAGAAUUUAG